AUGACAGUACGAUUUGGUGGUCAAGAAGACUACCUCUAUCCCAAUAAAGAUAUUCCAACUCCGUUGCCUGAGAACUUCUAUAAAGAUUGGCUUGAAACCGACUCAACUCGUCCUUCUUCGCAAGGACUUAUGAACGAAAGAAAUGGAGUAUCUCAAAGUGCUAGGCCGAUUUCUCCUGUAACAGAAGCCAUUGUGGAGCAGCUAAUGCGAGAAAAUCAGGAACUUAUUGAGAGGGAAGCCUUGAAACAGGUUGCAGCGGCUGCUGUCAACGUUAAUGCUGCUCAAUAUUCCAACCUUAUCCCAUUGUCUUUCGACCAAGAAGACUUCAUUAGACAGGAAGAAGAGAGACGUAUGAAACAGCGCGAGAAACUACAAAGUGCUCUUCGGCUCAAGAAGCCGGCUAUGCUGGAUAAAUUCUCUUCUCUAGCUUCUGCUCUCUCACAGCUUCAAGGUGCUCUUAAAAAGAGCGCCAUACAGUCAGGUCAUGAAGAUCAUGGUGCACUUCUACGAAGUCAUGUGCUUGUCCCACAACGUCUUCAACUUGAGCCGGACGCUCAGUUACAGGCACUGACAUCUUAUCGUGUGCACUCGUGGAACCAUGACGUCGUACCAGAUUAUCUCCGCACCAAAUUAAAUCCAGAUAUGGAAUCUGAAGAACUCUUAUUGGAACAAGAUAGAAAUCAAAAGGGACAAGAUGUGAUCAGUAAGCAGAUCACACAUCUCAACAAAUAUGUGGACCUACUACUGCAGAGUCUGCACUCGUCUGAUCGUGCUCACAAUGAGAAUCUCACUGAGAAAGCAACAUACAAUAAAGAGGAGACUAUUCGUCUUGUACGUGCGACGAUGGUCGGUGAGGGUUUAAAAGUUAAUCUGGGAAGAUCGACGUCGGCAACAUCGUCCGCACAUAGUACAGCACAAGUGAUAUUCGAUGUGGAUUAUACGAAUCCAUCCUAUCUUUGCUCUUCAUCAUCGGAUCAUGUCAGCUGUGUAGAGUUGGGUGGUUUAGGAGAGAGAAAAUGUCUUACGGUUUUGCUACCUUGGAUUCAAGUCGCUGUUUGUUGUGGGUUCGAUUUCAGUUUAAGCGACUUGAAAACCGAGCUGUUCGAUAAAUUGAAAAGGAUGGCAGUGUCGCAGUUCUCAAUGAAAGCUACGGAUUACGUAUUUCAAGCAUUGCGGGAAUCUACAGGUGAAAUGGAAGAAUUGUACAACGAAGAGCCCUACCCUAUUUUAUCUCUUUUCGAGCCUGAGAGCUUUCGCCACGAGCGUGACUUAGCUCAAGUUAUAGGACAAGUGCUUGGAUACUCUCUUGAUGACCUUGAGAUGGAAUUAACCGAUGAAAUGAAGACUUGCCGCGCUGCACUUUUCAAGGAUACGUGUGAUGCAGUGAACACUAGAGGUAGUGAAGGUUACAGUCACUAUGCCUUUCCAGAAGGAGUAAUUUUGGACGUUGCACAACCUUGUCCACAUGCACUUAUAGCUAAAAUAAAAUGUUAG